CAAUUCACAUUUAAUAAGUUUAGAAUCGAUAUAUCAACAGUGUGGAGGCGUGACUGCAGUGUAACGAUUAUAUUAGUAUUAACGGGACGGUUUUCGUUACCGGAUGUACGGGGUUUCUAGGGAAAAUACUAAUAGAAAAAUUGCUUAGGACAUGUGACGUAAAGAACAUUGCGAUUCUUGUUAGAGGUAAAAAUGGUUUAACUGCCAGUCAACGAGCAGAAAAUAUGUUUGAACAAUCUAUAUUUGACGGCCUUAGAACUGAAAAACCCGACUUUAUGACCAAGAUAAAAAUAAUCGAUGGACGUUUAGAAGAAUACUUAUUAGAAAUUUCAACAGAAAAUCGUGAUUGGUUGAUAAAAAAUGUGAAUUUUGUUUUUCAUUGUGCUGCUACCGUCAAAUUUAAUGAAACUCUUCGAGUAGCAACAAAGAUAAACAUUCAAGGAACAGAAAAUAUAUUAGCACUAGCAACGGACAUGAAUAACCUUAAAGGUUUUGUGUAUGUAUCAACCGCUUAUUCACACUGUCCGAGAAAUGAAAUUAAAGAAGAAUUCUAUCACGUUCCAAUAACAGUCAAAGAAUUAAAACAAUUAAUUAAAUUAGAUGAAAAUAUUGACAACGUUUUGGAAGAUUGGCCUAAUACAUACACAUUCACUAAAGCACUCACAGAAAACAUGAUAUUAACGGAAAAAAAACAAUUACCGAUUUCAAUAUUUCGUCCAUCAAUUGUAGGUUGCACGCAAUCUGAACCAGAACCAGGUUGGUUUGAUAGUAUGCAAGGAUUAGCCGCUCUAGUUACUUCAGUCAUCGUUGGAUUUUUAAGAGCAUUACCAAUUUCAAUAAAUAAAAAAGCAGAUUUUGUCCCAGUUGAUUACUCUGCCAAUGCACUAAUUAGUGUAAUGUGGGAUACAGUCAUCAGAUAUAAAAAUAGUGAUGAAAAAAACAAUGAACCAAAAAUCUAUAAUUACGUGUCUAGUUUCGACAGUCCCUUACUUCUGGGCACGUUCCUUGACUAUGUUUAUGAAACUUACUAUGAGGUGCCUCCGUUACAAUCAAUAUGGUAUAUAUGUUGUGUGUUUUCAGCAAAUCGUUGGAUCAUUAGUAUUAUGAGGUUUUUAUUACACCGAAUACCUUCUGCGCUUGUAGAUUUGUCAUUAUUUAUUUGUGGCAAAAAUCCAAAAAUGUUGAAAAUGUAUGCGAAAACAGAAAAAAUGACGGAUACGCUUAGUGUGUUUACUACGAAAGAGUGGAAAUUCGAUAAUAGUAAUACUAGAAAAUUAUGGACGUUACUAAGUCAAGAGGAUCGCAAGACGUUUCGCUUUAAUUUCGAAGGAUUUGAUUGGAGGCUCUAUACACGAAAUAUAGUCUACGGGGUUAGGAAACAUAUUCUACAUGAAGACUUUAAUAACAUAACAAAAGCAUUAUCAAAACAACGAAAGUUAUUUUGGUUGCAUCAUUUGUGCAUUUGUUUCUUUAUUUACAUCGUAUUACAAGUAUGUUGGAUGUUUGUGGUACUACUAAUGCAGACCUAAGAAUAAUGCGCUUAAAGAACUUCCCUCGUCAACUAUUAUUGUGAUUAUACAUUUUUUUUAUUAUCAUUAUUAUUAUUUGUAUUAUUUUAUAAUAUCGUCAAUCAAAUAUUAAUAUUCCCAAAUCAUAAUUCAAUAUCUAUUCAUGUACCUAUACACAAUAACAACAGUACCUAUACCUAUAAAAUUUAUAAAUCAGCACUAUUGUCCAUUUGUUACUAAACUUAUUUCUAAUUUUAUAACAAAGUUUAAAUAGUUUUGAUAUAUAACAGGCAUUGCCAACAUUAAUGGUUACCAAGAACCCAAAAUUUUAAAUUUUAAUAAUGAAUAAUAUUAAUUAAUAUUAAUUAUUAUUGUUAUAUUAUAAUAAGUGAAUUUUAAUCUCAUAAAUAAGACGCAGCAGGAUCUGACGAUGACGAGAGCCACAUUCGGCGCGCGAGCUGCAAGUA